AGGUCAUUGCAUCUUCAUCUGAAAUGCUGUACGACGCAGGUUAUCACCCAAGUAGAACUAUCCUAACCGCUAUAUUGACAAGAUUCGCAUUCCCUUUCAGUUUUAAUUGGAUCCACCACUACAUUCCAUGCAGACCUGGACUGUUCAAGUUGCUUAUAGGCAACAAGACACGCGGUUGUCAGCGUGUCGCGCUUACUAUAUCCCUUGUUCCUAGCCUCAAAAUGUAUGCCAUACUCGGACCACUAAUUUUGCCCUGUGGCACAUGAACAUAGGGAUGAGCUUUAUGAUCACCUGAGCUUCCCC